GCGGUGUAGCGUCUAAAUCGCGUUUCGUUUCGCGCCGUUUCCGUUUAUCGUCCUGAACGACAUUUCGAGUCGUCGUAACGUUCGAAAGUAAAUAUCUCAUUGUUCCCGUUUCAAAAUGGCGAAUUCGGGUCUGUUAUUUCUCGGGCGUUGAGGCCUCGGUGGGUUUCUGGUGCGGGAUAUCGGUACGGUGGCGGGCGACGGCGCGGCGGCCCGCCCGGCUCGGUGCUAGCGCCGGCGGAGGUUGACGACCUAUCGAUUUUUUUGUCUGCGACCUCUCGUCGGCGGGCGGGCCGGUGUCUGGUGGCGGCGAAGGUGCAAGGGCGGCAGCUCGGCUCGGCGGAGGCGCCAGCGCGCUUGCACUGCGCGCCCGAAGCGGCGACUCCGCCGCGUCACCGUCAGCUGACGCGCCAGCACCAUGGCAGAAUAUCAUGGUCAAGGCAUGGACGCGGGUGGGAAUAAUUUUGACUCCGGUCAACAGCCACAGGAGCAGGAGUUGGCGACAAAAAUGUUGCAGAUACAGUCAAAGAGAUUUUAUCUCGACGUGAAGCAGAAUCGUCGCGGACGGUUUAUCAAAGUUGCAGAGAUCGGCGCAGACGGGCGCCGCAGUCAGAUCUUCCUGGCGAUGUCGACGGCGGCGGAGUUCCGCGACCACUUGUCCAGUUUCAGCGAUUUCUACUCGUCACUCGGGCCGCCCAACCCCGAGAGCGUGCCCGACGACGGCAAGCUCAAGUCUGAGAUGAUGCUCAAGGACAACCGGCGGUACUACCUGGACCUGAAGGAGAACUCCCGCGGGCGCUUCCUGCGCGUGUCGCAGACCAUCACGCGCGGCGGGCCGCGCUCGCAGGUGGCGCUGCCGGCGCAGGGCAUGAUCGAGUUCCGCGACGCGCUCACCGACCUGCUCGACGACUUCGGCACCGACGACGGCGGAUUCAAGGGCGAGUUGCCCGAGGGGCGCCACCUGCGCGUCGACAACAAGAACUUCUACUUCGACAUCGGGCAGAACAACCGUGGCAUCUACAUGAAAGUCAGCGAGGUGGUACCAUCGUUGCAAGUCAAGAGCAACUUCCGCACCGCCAUCACGGUCCCCGAGAAGUGUUGGACGCGCUUCCGGGACAUCCUCGCCGACUACUGCGACAAGAUGAACCGCGCGCACGCAGAGCCCGCCGACCACCACCAGCCCGGCGCCGCGCCGCCCGCCGCGCGCGCCGCCAGCGCGCAGCCCGCACGCGACACUAACGCUCCCGUGGCGUCCCUCUGCCCGCAGGAGGCGUUCUCGGGCAGCGCGCCUCGGAUUUGAUGCGUCCCGCAGUGACGCUACCCCACUGUACAUAGCCUGCCCUACACGUACGGCCCGCGGGCCCCGCGGGCCCCCCGGCCCCGCCCCUAGCUCCGCCGCGACCGCCUCGCCCGCUCAGUAGUCGGUCCGUCUGUCGCUCCGUCCGGGUGCUUACAAGCGUGUGACUCCCGCGCCGCUCGCCCCGGCCGGCCCGGCGGGCGGCGCGAUCGAAUCUUUAGGUAAGUAGCGCACUGCUGUGAUAUACUCGUAGGCGAGCGGGGCAGCCGCGGUCGCGCAGGCGACGCCUCUCGACCUCGGGCUUAGAGAGAAUUUAGACUCGUGAAAUCGAUUAACGCUUCCCAGAGACGGAAAUGUCUAUAAAUAUUUUGGAAAAAAUUGUUUGAAAUUCAAAAUUUCGAGUAGUCGUUCCUACGCGACGAACGCCGACGACGCGAGGCCGGAGCUGCUGGCGCGCCCCGCGGCUGCCCCGUCGGGUAGGUUAAGUGGCGCUUGUAAGCACCCCCGGCGCUGGAACUGCCGCGCCUUCAAGUCGAUAAGUCGGCUCAAUGGUUUCAUCACAUUCGGAACUCUCGACCGUGCGUAGCCCGAGGACCCUAGGCUUAGGAGCGCUUACUGAAAUUAGAUUUUAAGAUGUAUCGUCAGGGACGACCUAGCGAGUUAUUUCUGAGAUCUCAUCGACGGAUCGCAGGAAUGAUCCGCUAGCGGACCAGUGAGUAGUUCCAGAGCAAGCGAGCGGCAGGCGAGUGUGCGUGUGUAUAUAUAUGUGUGCGAGUGCGUGCGUGUGCGCGUGCGGGCCCCUCACGAAAUGCAUUUUGUUUACUCGUCGGAAUCGUCGCAUCACUCCCCGAGACUUCGCCGUCUUCAGCUUCUCGCUCGGACGAGGCGGACUCGUCUCGACUUUUUGUACACCUCUCGAAUUAGUAAUAAAAAAAUAUACAAAACCACAGCAAAAAAAGGUCUAGGCCGUUAAGUGUUUUACGAUAAGUAGGUACGUAGCCGUCUACGACUCGAGUCAGUCUAGGGACAGACUCGUCACUUUACGUCACUAAUACACUAAGGUCGUCGUCGUUAAGUUCCCGCGCUUCGCUUCGUACAGCCUCCGCUGGCCGACCUCGUCACACAUCGAUAUAGGUUAUAGCGCGGUGUAAAUAUAGCGCGUCGCCCGGGGCGCCCCGCACCCCGCGCCCCGCGCCCCCCGCGCCUUCGUUCCUCAGUGAAUAUUACUUAUGAAAUGUAUAUUUAUUUUAGCAAUAGUCGUACUCGAUCAUCGAAAUACUGAGUACCGUGUUACGAUACUUGAAGUACACCUCGAGAGAGAUAUAUCAUUGUUUUUGUAUAGAUACUCUGUCCCGGUAGCAGCUACUAUGUACUAGGUUGCCUAGGUUACUCGCUCCGUGAGGCCGUAGAGAUGAUUAUAUUUUCGGUAUGUUUUUUUAAUCUGUGACUUCAGAGGAUCGCGAUACGUGUUGUUUUAACUCCCAUUCCGAGAUUUUUUCGACGGCAUCGUGAGCGUUAAGGCGGAGAUGCGUAUGGCGUAUCGCCGUAGUCGACUCGGCGGACGAACCCGGCGACGGUCCCGAGCCGGUGCCGUCCGAAACGGUCCCCGAUUAGGUUAAUUUACAGUACAUUUUCCCUCGACCCCUAAAAUAGAGUUGAAUAAGUUGGUGACGUCCGAUAACGUUAAAAUAUAGAAAAAAGUAAAAAAUACAUAUUUAAAUCACUUCUCUAUACGAAUAAAUAAUAGUCUAUCCGGAGCCGGAGCGGCGCGUCGUGUAUCGUAAGUUAGGGUAGAGGCGCCGACUGCGACGCCGUCCGGUGUUCGUAUCGCUCGUCUGUACUCAGGGAUACUGGCUUAAUUUUAACAACAAUUUAUGGUACAAAAUGUAAUUUUAGUUCCAUAGACGUUUAAGAUUUACAGAGUUUAUAUUUAGAGAAGAUCGAGCGAUCGCCGUCGGCCGAGGCGAGAGUCUGACCGACGCGUCGGUCGAUCGGAUAUAAUUAUGAAUAAUAUAUGUACGAGGAUAUGAGAUGUUUAACUUAAAGUUAAUGUUAAAAUAGUAUCUACGUCGUGAAGCUAGUUAACGCGUGAGUCAAAUACGUCGGCGACGGGCAGCAGUGUGCGUGGUGGGUGACGCUCGGGAACUGUUCUGUGGCCGGCGCCGAGUGCUCGAAGCUGCCUCCUGUGAUACCUCGUCUCGUCUCUUACUCGCAUCGCUUUACUGGGAACUGGUUCUCGCGAGAUCUCCGCGGAGAUGGAGCUAGAGGGAUCCGUGGAGAUGAAAUGAGCCUUUUAAUUGAGAAACG